AUGUCAUUCUUUCACCAUUCUCAUGCACUCCAAUCUCAACUCUCCUCCGUGGCACGCCACAGUCACAACCCUUCGGUGGCGAAGAAACUUCACGCACUAAUCAUAAAAUGUGGGCUUAACCGACACGAGCCUUUCCCUAACACUCUCGUCGACGCCUACGGCAAAUGCGGUCUCAUCCAAGAUGCACUCCAAGUGUUCGACGCAUUGCCCCAUCUAGACCCAGUGGCAUGGGCCUCCGUUCUCACCGCCUGCAACCUGGCGAACCUCCCACACCGAGCCCUCUCCAUCUCACGCUCCGUUCUUAACACCGAGUUGCAACCCGACCACUUCGUUUUCGCUAGCCUCGUUAAAGCUUGUGCUAACUUGGGUGCUCUUCAUGUGAAGCAAGGGAAACAGGUCCAUGCUCGCUUUUUGCUGUCACCCUUCUCCGACGAUGAUGUUGUCAAGUCAUCGUUGGUUGAUAUGUAUGCGAAAUUUGGGUUGCCCCAUUAUGGGCGUUCCGUUUUUGAUUCGAUUUCUUCGUUGAGUUCGAUUUCUUGGACUGCCAUGAUAUCUGGGUAUGCGCGGAGAGGACGAAAGUUUGAAGCUUUUCAACUGUUUCGUCAAACGCCAUAUAGGAACUUGUUUGCUUGGACCGCUUUGAUUUCUGGGUUCGUGCAGAGUGGGAAUGGAGUAGAUGCGUUCUACUUGUUCGUUGAAAUGCGGCGUGAAGGGAUUAAUAUAGUAGACCCGUUGGUUCUUUCCAGUGUGGUUGGCGCUUGUGCUAAUUUAGCUGUUUGGGAGCUUGGAAAACAGAUGCAUUGUCUGGUUAUAACCCUUGGUUAUGAGUCUUGCUUGUUUAUAAGCAAUGCUCUUAUAGAUAUGUAUGCCAAAUGCAGUGACCUUGUUGCUGCAAAAGAUAUCUUCUGUAAAAUGUGCAGAAAGGAUGUAGUUUCUUGGACUUCAAUAAUUGUUGGCACUGCUCAGCAUGGGCAAGCUGAGGAGGCAUUGACUUUGUAUGAUAACAUGGUUUUGGCUGCGGUUAAGCCAAAUGAGGUGACCUUUGUUGGUUUGAUCUGUGCAUGCAGUCACGUUGGUCUAGUUAGCAAGGGCCGUGCUUUGUUCAGUUCUAUGGUUGAAGAUUAUGGAAUUAGGCCCUCUCUUCAGCACUAUACUUGUUUGCUGGAUCUUUUUAGUCGAUCGGGGCACCUUGAUGAGGCAGAAAAUCUCAUUAGAACAAUGCCAGUUAGCCCUGAUGAACCUACUUGGGCUGCUUUACUCAGUGCUUGUAAGCGCCAUGGUAACAACCAGAUGGCAGUUAGGAUUGCUGAUCAUCUGUUAAAUUUAAAACCAGAAGAUCCUUCGUCCUAUAUAUUGUUAUCUAAUAUAUAUGCUGGAGCUGGUAUGUGGGAGAAUGUUUCAAAGGUGAGAAAGUUAAUGAUGGUUAUGGAAGUUAAAAAGGAACCGGGUUAUAGCUGCAUUGACUUGGGAAAGGAAAGCCAUGCGUUUUAUGCUGGAGAGACAUCCCAUCCAAUGAAGGAUGAGAUUCUAGGUUUAAUGAGGAAGUUAGAUGCAGAGAUGAGGAAAAGGGGUUAUGUUCCUGAUACCAGCUCAGUUUUACAUGACAUGGAUCAACAAGAGAAAGAAAGACAACUUUUCUGGCAUAGUGAGAGGUUGGCUGUAGCUUAUGGGCUUCUUAAGGCUGUUCCAGGGACUAUUAUACGUAUAGUGAAAAAUCUCCGUGUUUGUGAAGAUUGUCAUACUGUUCUGAAGCUCAUCAGCACUAUAACAAGUAGGGAAAUUUAUGUUCGAGAUGCUAAAAGAUAUCACCAUUUUAAGAAUGGGAAUUGUUCGUGCAAUGACUUCUGGUGACUUGGGGUUGAAAUUUCAAAAAAUUUGAUGUUGAACUGAGGUCCUUGCAAUAAAGAAUGCUAGCUUGUCCUGGUCAGAUGUUUGUUACCUAUGCCUUUUACACCUUCUGUAGUAAUCCUUAUCAAAAAAAUUUAUUAUUAUUAUUUAUUUAUUUGGAGAUAUCUCUCCUCCCUCUCUAAUAUCCACUGUUAACCUAUGCCUUCAACAAUAGUUAGUAAGUCGUCUACUUUCUUCAUGGAUGUGGCAAUAGAUGUUAUAUUGAUCUAUGAGGUGUCAAACCACUCCAUGACAUGUUAUCAAGGGCCAAGGUUGGGUAUUUACAUGUUCUCGGAUGGCUUAUGCUAUCCUUAUGCAUGGCUAAUACUAUUCAGCUUUGCUUCCUUAUGUCAUUACAGCAAGAAAGACUGGGGAAGGCAUCGAGAUAUAGGAAUAAAUUUUACUCUGAUUUAAGAAAUCACUAUCGAGAUUGCUCGAUAGUCGAUAUUUCUCCUUCAGCUACAUGAUAUUCUAGUAAUGCCUUCUUGAAAAGAAUUGGAGGGGUAAGUGUAAACGGGACCCCGUCUUCAUUCAAGUGAGCCAAAGAAGAUGCCUAAUUUUGUGAAACUUCAAUACAUGGUGAUUUGAGCAUUGAGUACAAAUACAGAGACACUAUAAAAUUUAAAGGUUUAUAUACAUAUACACUGAAGUGUGACAACCUUUGAAAUGUCUCGUGUGUCUUGGCUCUACUGAUGUAUAUGCUUCGAAACUAUGAUAAUGUACCUUCU